CGAUGCCAGGUUAGUCUCAUCCAAGCUCUGCGACAAGUAAGUAUGUUUUCCCCUUGGUUUUCUUUAGGUUUUAAGAUUUCAUAAUUUCACUCAUUUUCAAAUACGUAACUUUUCUAGUCGAGCCUACAAAUUCCCAUGAAAAUGAAUUUGUUUUAGACUAAACAAUUUUACGAUAAAUAUGUAAAUUUACGUUGAAAAUUAUACCAUCUAUAAUUACAAUUUACAAUUUGCGAAUUAUUUCAUCUGACCCACAAACGAUGCUGCUGGGUAGCCGUCCAUGGCUUGAAAUGUAAAUAGUUCUUGAAUGCGGUGGAGUGAAUAUUCAUUUGUUUUGUAUAAUUUAAUUAAUGGAUGUAAAUCUUUACGUUCAUGAUUAUGUUUGUUAAAUUGUAAGUACAGCGUGGUGAGCCCAUCCCUACGCUGGGGGUACCUCGCUAUAUAAAACCACAUUUAAUGAUUAUAAUAAUAAUAAUAAUAAAACUCUACAAUUAUAUUCUAUGAUGUAGUUGUUUAAAAGGUUACGUUUGCAAUUUAAUAUAAUUUCGUAGACAUUUUCUGUUAGGAUUCAAAACAGGAAUGGCCGUUGAAGGUGAUGUCUUUAAAAGGUUACGUUUGCAAUUUAAUAUAAUUUCGUAGACAUUUUCUGUUAGGAUUCAAAACAGGAAUGGCCGUUGAAGGUGAUGUCUUGUACAAAAAAAAAAAAAGUAGCAACUAAAUUUCACACACACACACACAAACACACACGGACACAAACACACUCACAUACCCAACGCAUGCGCGCGCACACUCACAGAAACAGACACAUACACACAUUACAGACGAACCCACACCCACACCCACAUAGACACAGACGCAGACACAAACAUACACACUAAUCCUCUUCUAUACUCUUUCCCUUUGCCUUGCCUUGCCUAACAUCCUCUUUCACACUUCAGUACCCCUUUUCAUAGACAAAAAUUCCUCUCAAGCGUGGCGUAGUACAGGAUGCAUAGGGGCUUGGGGGGGGGGAGGUGGGUGUCCGUCUUUUGGUCCGACUGAAGAGUUAAGUUUGUGCAAGGAUGCGAGGAAAUUAUCGGGCCGGCCCAGGUUGCACUAACUCUCAUUACGCUCUGGCCGCACAUGACAACCCGCCUGGCAUCUAGAGAUUUGGAAACAGGAGUGAAGUAUAUGGUACGAACAAUAUAUAAUUUUUUAAAACAUUCCUAUUUUCUUGGAGUACGAGCGAGUAGAUUGGUACCCGCAUUCAUAUCAGUGUUCGCAGCCAUGGUUUUUUGAUUUAAUCAUCAUGGUAUGGAAGACGAUAUCGUGAAUUGAAUGGAGUUCUUCUUCUUCUUCUAUAUCUUAAGGGCCCACGAUCAAUUUAUAAUAAUAAUAAUUUGGUCUGUUUCAAUUAGUUUUUGAAAUCUUAUUGUAAUCGAGUACAAACAAACAAAACUAUUUUAAAUCGAGUACACACAAACAAAACUUUUUGGCCCUACAGUAAAAAAAAAAAAAACAAUAAAAAAAAAAAACGUUAGGCUUGAACCACGUGAAAGCUUCUCGGUUUUACUAAAAUAAGGACUUUCUCCAAAGAGCUUAUUACUAAGACACGUGAUCAUUAUUAAUUUGGUCUGUUUAAAUUAGUUUUUGAAAUCUUAUUGUAAUCGAGUACAAACAAACAAAACUAUUUUAAAUCGAGUACACACAAACAAAACUUUUUGGCCCUACAGUAAAAAAAAAAAAACAAUAAAAAAAAAAACGUUAGGCUUGAACCACGUGAAAGCUUCUCGGUUUUACUAAAAUAAGGACUUUCUCCAAAGAGCUUAUUACUAAGACACGUGAUCAUUAAAGAUUAGUUAUUACCAUGCUUUGGUUGUCAGGUCACUAUUCAGACCUUAAAUUGCACAGUUAUUGCGCCUUUUUAAAAACAACCUGAUGCAAUAGUCUACGAAAACUAGUCUUUCUCGUGAUUUGGAAUUACCCAAUUGCUUCCUGGUCGUGUUUAUGUCUUCAUUUCUAAGAAAUGUAACUUUUUUUUUUCUCUUCCAAAUUCGUUAGUUUGAGGGAUCAAAUGUAACAAACACAAUGUAGUAACCAUACAAACGAGGUAGCUAUUGUCUACCAUUAAUCUAGAUGACGUACAAUUUUACUCCCCAUGGUGAAUCUUUCACGCUGCACGCUAUAGAUUCUAAACAUUUGGCAUUUCAAAACUCCUUCGAAGACAGUGUCUCCCAACAUUUUAGGGUCAUGCCAAACCUAAGUCUUUCUAAAAUACUUAUGCCCCCCCCCAACCAAAAAAAAAUCAAGUAAUAUAUACAUACAUUUAAUAUUAAAUAAUUGAAUUGUUCACUGAAAUAAAACUAAAUGACAGGUUUAAGGUUUGGUGAAAAAAAGGACAAAAAAAUAACUGAAUUUUCAAAACAUUUAAUGGAAAAGUGAAACUCAAGGAUAAAAAAUAAGAUCAUUCAAAAACGUUUUAAUUAUUAAUUAUUUCAUUUAGGCCUAUUAUUUAUUAUUUAAUAAUUUUUAAAUACGUUGAGACGUCACAAAUAAAAUAAAAGAUUAAAAGAAAUAAAGUGUGAGAUUACAAAUACAGUGUGAGAUCGAAAAAACAGUGAGACAUCACAAAUAAAAUGAGAAAUCACAAAAACAGUGUGAGAUCACAAACACAAUGGGAAAUCGAAAAUAUAGUGAGAGAUCACAAAAAAGUGUGAGAUCCAAAAGACAGUGUGAGAUCACAAAUGCAAUGAGAGCUCAAAAAUGAAAUGAAAAAUCAGAAAUAAAGUGCCACAUCACAAAAACAAUGUGAGAUCAAACAUACAGUGAGAUCAAAAUUACAGUGAGAGAUCACAAAUAUUAUGAGUGAUCUCACAAAAUGAGAGAAAUAAAAUACAUUGAGUGAUCACUAAUACCUUUUGAGAUCACAAAUGCAGUGUGAAAUCAUAAGUACAAUAAAACAUUAAAAUUAGAGUGUAAUAUCACAAAUAAAAUAAAAUAUAGAAAAUACAGUGUUCGAUUGGAAAUGCGUUGGUAGAUAAUGAAUACAGUGUGAAAUCACAAAAAAUGAGAUAUCACAAAUAUAAUGUGAGAUAACAAAUACUAUGAGUAAUAAAAAAAAAAUAUGGAAAAAAAAACACAGUGAGCGAUCACAAAUAUAAUGAUAGGUACGAAAUACAAUGAAAAAAAUCCCAAAUACAGUGUAAGAUACCCAAAAAGUACGAGAUAACAAUAAAUACAAAAAUAGAUUACACAUAAAAAAAAAAGAUCACAAAUACAGUGUGAAAUCACAAACAUAAUGAGAGAUCCCAAAUACAAUUAAAUUAUAAAAGAAAACAGUGCGAAAUCACAAAUACAGUGCGAAAUCACAUACACAGUGCGAGAUCACAAAUACAGUGCGAGAUCACAAAUACAGUGCGAGAUCACAAAUUCAGAGCGGAAAAACAAAAACAGCCACAGAUCACAAAUACAAAUAAGAGAUGCAAAAAAUACACUUUUAAAACACAAAGAUGGAAACGGUAACAAUAGCUGUCUUGCACAUUUGGUGGAAUUCUAAUGUUCCAUAUUUGUUUCCUCAUAAAGCAAUGCAAGCUUUCCUUUUAUGUUAAAUAAUGUGUUAACAGACUCGCCAUUUUGCAUUUCUGAGAGUUCUUGAUUUUGCGUAUUUGAAAAAUCAGACAAAUCCACCAACAUUGGCUGCAUCAUCCAAUUUGCGUAAUCAAUUUGUUAAAACAAUUUUUUUUUUUAAAGUCCAUCUUCUAAAAAACCUGACCAUUUUUUUUUACAUGUUUGACAGUAACAAGUAUAGCGUUUCUGUAACUUCACUUUUCGAGCCAGCGAAACUUGUCAAACGUUUUUGUUACAAACAUAUUUUUGACAAUAUUCAAUAAAUUGAUUGAAAUAAAAUAUCAUCGCGUUUGCAUCGUCAGUUUUAUGUGUUCCUUUGAAGUUGGUAUUUAGUCUUUCCAAGACAUCGGCUAGAUAACUAACAAAUUCUUUACGAUUAAUUGUUAACAGCCGUUUUACUUCAGGCUACUCGCUUAGAAAGUCACCCGAAGAGAUAAAAAGUAUGUCCGCCCAGCAAACGGUUGUACAGACAAAAACGCCCAUGUAAUAACAGACGCGUAUUUCCCAAUUAAACUCCAUCCCAAUAUUUUUAAUUUUCUCCAGACACUAUUAGCUAUAAAGUAUAGAGAGAAUCCCAUCGGUAAACUGCAAGAAAAUGUUUAGAAUAUACAUAUAUAUAUANAUAUAUAUAUAUAUAUAUAUAUAUAUAUAUAUAUAAACAAUUCUAAGAAACUCCACUCUAUUUAUAAUAUAGUAGUUCAUAUUAUUUUUCUUUUAAAUUUGCGUAUAGAUUUCUUGUGCUUCAUAUGCUUAGACGUAUCUUCGGAUACUAUCUUAAGUCAACCGGUAAAAAAAAUUAGAAACUCUUAUUUAUAAGGGUGUCAGAUUAUCUAAAAUCUACUUAAAUGUUAAAUGUUUUACAGAUAAUUCAAUUAAAUUACAACGAUGGGAGCAGGGAUAGAAAAAUAAAACAAUGUCCAACAAAACUACAGUAGAACUUCCAACUUUCCUAACAGCAUGUGCCAAGGGACUGAAGACUGUUGUGAAGGCGCUGAUUAAAAGUGGAAUAGAUAUUAACCAAAAGUACAAUGGCGAGUCCCCACUGCUCGUGGCAGCGAGACAUGGGCAGACGGGUGUUGCUCUUUUUCUCAUGGAAAACGGGGCGAAUUUAAAUGAAGUGGACCGGGGUGGAGAAAACGCUUUAAUGAUAGCCGAAAGGAAUGGUCAUGCGCACACAGUAGAAACGCUGGUGGAAAGAGGAUAUGACAUGGAUGCCAAAAAUAGAUCUGGAGACACUUCUCUAAUGCUAGCAGUGAGGAAGUGGGAUGUGGACCUGAUGAAUAUGAUGAUCAACUUUGGUGCCAAUGUCAAUGAGAAACAAAACAAUACGAUCGAGGACACUGUGCUAAUAUUAGCGGCACGUGAUGCACCGAUAGCUGUUGUUGAGAAACUUGUAGACAUGGGGGCCAAUUUAAAUGAUCACAACACUCUUGGUCGAACAGCGUUAAUGGCUACCGUUGAUAAAGACAUAUGGCCGUCUUACGAAACUAAGGAAAACAACGAUAAAGCUGAAUUUCUAAUCAACAGAGGUGCUGAUCUAAACGAAAAAGACAGAGAUGGACGAACUGCACUAAUGUUAGCUGUAGUCCAUCGUACCAGGAAUACGUGUGAGAUGUUAAUAGGAUAUGGAGCUCAUGUUAAUGACAAGGAUAACGACGGCAUCACUCCACUUUUGCACGCUUUGAGGACAAACAAAACAGACAAUAUAAUAUUGCUUAUUGAAAAUGGAGCAGAUGUCACUGAGAGGGACAAUCACAGAAACACCACCCUUAUGUACGCCGCAAAGGCCGAAAACACAGACGCUAUUCUCCUGCUGUUAGAGAAAGGAGUAGGUGUAGACAAGAAAAACGAUGACGGCGCUACCGCUCUUAUCCUCGCAUCGGAAGAGAUGGUUGGCAAAAGUGUUGAAGUUCUGUUAAAAGCAGGCGCAAAUGUAAAUGCAAAGAAACAUAAUGGAAGGACAGCAUUAAUGGAAGCGGUGUUCCAAAAAGGCAGAUCUUUUACUUAUCUAGUCCAAUUGCUCAUAGAUCACGGAGGCGACGUGAACGGUAAAGACAACGACGGAAAUACGGUUCUUGAGCUGGCCAUACGUGCGGGACAUAUUGAAAACGUCAGGACGUUAAUCGAGGGAGGAGCAAACAUCCACGAGAAAGUCAAUGGCCAUGGGAACGCUCUAGUGUUGGCAAUACUGGAAAACAAGACUGACAUUGUUGAACUGCUUAUUAAAGAAGGAGCAACAGACGACGUUGAUGAAGAUGUAUUUAUGAUUGAUAACGCAGAGCCAGAGUCAAGCCUAGACGCCGUUCUUAGCUGGUCGGCAAAUAGAGAAGGGACAGAGGGCAGUGUCGAUAACGAACACCAUGAGGCAUCAAUGCCUGUACGCGAUAAAGGAGACGAAACAUUAAAUCAUAUUGACAAGUUGAUCACAUCAGGACUUGCAGAUGAGGAAUGUGGAAAGUUUAAAAAAAAAGUUCUCAAAAAUUGUGAAGAUGCAUUGAUUGAAGAUGUACACAAAACCGAUGCUAAAAACAUGAUGAAUUUUUUUAAUACUAAUUGGAACACAAACACAUCAUCACAAGCAGACAUGAAGGAUAAGAAAUCCAUCAAAAGACAAUGCAAACAAUUGACUUUUUCCAUGACUAAAGAAAUACCAAAUCGUAACAAAGUAAGAAACACCGGAGCUAAAAAUCAGGUCAAUACUUGCAACCACCUGAGAUUUGAAGACAAAAUCCUAAGACCUGUCAACUUCUGUAAAGUCUCUGAUAAUCCAAAGUAAGUAGGGUUACCCAAAUUAAUAUUUGUUGUAUUUAAAUCUAUUCGCUUAAAUGUCCCACUACUAACGUAAUAUUUGUAGAGAAAAAAAGAGAAAACCAUUUUUAAAAAAUGAAAUGGACUGCAUUAAAGUUGUGUAAAUGAAAUAGUAGAGCAAGGUAUGUGAGCAUGUUAAAGUGGCCAGCGAUACCAGCACGAUAUAAGUAUCAAAUCAAUCAAUGUUUAGCUUGAAUUAGAAGACAUGGCAAUAAGAUUUGAAAGUUUCGGCUUAGAUAUCUUCAGCAAAUAAGACAAAUAGAAGGGCUAAGACGAGUCACAGAGCACAGUAAAAAACUUUAGGGAUCUCUUUUGGUAUUGCCGGAAGUAGGAUUACAGGAAGUGAAAGAUUAUACCUAUUGGUACUGUGAAAAACAAGAUAGAGAAUCUUAUUGGACCAAAAUUUUUAAGGAUACAUACAAUCUAAGAAGUAAGGGAAAAAAAGAAGAAAUACAGGGAAAAUGAGAAGUAUUAGUAAGAGAGUAUUUGAUUCCAAUCAUGUGGAGAACUGGUGCCAAAAAGCUGAUUUUUUUUUCCACCAUUUUAACUCUAAAAUCCACCUUUGCUCUCUGUUGAAAUGGGAAAAAGGUGGGGGAAGUUUACAUGGUUCAAUAUCCCUAAGAUGUUCUGUGAACCUAUCUGCCAAAGUUAAAAUGAUAAAUGGACUCACAUGUUCAAGUUGUAUAUAUGGUAUCUAGUGCAAAUAUUGUAUCCAGAGUAAAUAAGAUAUUUAGCGUUAGCAUGGCAAGCAAAGACUUAGAAGCAUUUAGCCAUUGAGAAAAUGUUUGCUUUGAAUGAUAAAGCCAUUACCAGUUUACUUUUUAUAUAUAAGUAUUUGCAAUAUAUUUUUUAUCAUUUUUCUUUUUAUUAACUUGUAAUUUGUGUAAUAUUUUUUACUGAAAUAACAUCCACUGUGUCACCCGGUGCGGUAAACUCAUGGUGUCACUCCCCCCCCCCUAUCCUCCCGACUUCCAAGAAAGAUAUUUCUUUGUUAAAAUAAGUCCACAGUAUAUCAAUGACAAGAAUAAAAACAAUAUUAAUUGAAGGUCAGGAUAUCAAUUUUUUUUAUCUUUUUUCUUUUUAUUAAAUUGUAAUUUGUGUAAUAUUUUUUACUGAAAUAACAUCCCCCGGGGCCCCCGGGGCGGUAAACUCAUGGUGUCACCCCCCCCCCCCCCCUAUCCUCCCGACUUCCAAGAAAGAUAUUUCUUUGUUAAAAUAAGUCCACAGUAUAUCAAUGACAAGAAUAAAAACAAUAUUAAUUGAAGGUCAGGAUAUCAAUGUAUUAAAGAACAGUAACAACGUUAAGUUAUAGUUAUUUUUACAUAACAUGACUUAAAAUGUUCCCUUCCUGGACUCCAAAGUUGCAACCUGUUCAAUCACUUUAUUAAAAUCAAUAUCCUUCCUUGUAUCACAUUUCAAUUAUAGGAGUGCCAGAUCAGAAAGCCUUUACUCUCCUAUCGUGGAUAGUAAAUAGCUCUUGAUAAGUCUUAGUUUUGAAAAAAACUCCGCUGACAUGAAGAUCGUAAGAAACAUUUGAAAGCUUAGCGACAGUUUUGGAAGAGAUUAUUUGAAGUCCCAUUCAGCUAAGAAUUUCAAAACAUCAAAUAGUGAGCAGUCCAUGACUUUGUGAAAUGAAUUAUCAGCUCCUUGAAGUUGUCUUUAAAGCCUUGGUAUAUCUUUUAAAAAGUUUAUCAUAGAAAGAGGUUAUUUUUGGAACGGACACCAAUAACUUUUCUUCAAUCAUAUUAGGAGACCCUUUCGUUGAACAGCCCCAAACAUAUCUGAUACUUCCUUGAUCGCUGAUGAUCUGAUCUGGAGUUCAGAAUGAAAGCGAUAAAUACACUUCAGCAUCCACAUAAAGUUUUCUUCUCACAGAGGAAGUCCAGCAUCUAUGAAUUGUUCACCCGCUAUUCUCUUAUUAAAUCUUAAAUCUUUUUUCCACCAAAAUUCCAUAUUGGUCUAAAUUUUAAAGUGAUUUUUCAAUAGCUAGUUCCACAAAAUGGUUGCACUUCUCGAGAAGAAACAAUCUUAAGGCCUCUAUGUUGGUCACCGUCUGGUUAAGAGUCAACCCUUUAGGCAGCAGAUGGUGCUGUGUAAGAUUAACUUCCUCAAGUAGAUUAGACAAAACGUACUGAUAGCAGAUAAACGUGAAAACAAAAUCACCAUGUACAAGACGUUGAGUUGUAUCCUCUUGAAGCUAAAUGUUUAAGCAGAUAAAUACAGCGUCAAACGUAGCCACCCAUUCAUCAAACUUAUCUUUCACUGCUUUAACAGCUGCACGAUGACCAUUCCAACGUGUGUUGACAGACACACAGACAUUCUAGUGUGUUCAAUUAAAAUAUCCCAUCGAUGUGUGGAUUCAGCAAAGAGGGAAAAUAUUCUCUAAAGGGUACUGAAAAAUGUAAUACAUAAGGCGUUUUCAGCAAAUGAUUGUGGACGACACAAGUGAAUGGCCCACACGUCCAUUAAAAAUCGCUUUCUUAUUAUAAAAGUGUCUGAACACCCACAUGAAUUGCAGCCAUUGUGGCAGCAUUAUCAUAACCUUGUGCUCUGCACAUCAUUAUGGUUAGUCUAGCAAGUUUUAUAUUAAUAAGAAUGGCUAAAAACUGAGCUCCUCAGCUAUUUUUCUCACGAAAGGUAAAAAUCUAAAGAACACUACCCUCUCUUCAAUUUCUACAUUUUUGAUUUUCACAUACCUGAUCACUUCAGACAUCUGGUGAGUGUGUGAUAUAUCAGGUUUUAUGUCAAACAUAAUUCCAAAUCACCUCACAGCCUUUAUAUCCAUGAUAAGAAUCUCUUUCACUUCAUUUACAAAGACAUUUAAAAUUUCGUUUUGGGUUUCUUGUGAAAAGUCAGAUGCGGAUGCUUUUAUUGUAGUUGUACUCCUCUUUAGUCUCAUUGUGUGCUUUUUUAGCUCUACUUCAUAUUUAGAUAGCAUCUCUACCAUCUUAAGAACCUUUGAUCUAUUCAAUGAAAAUUCAUCUUCGUUGUAGCCACGGAAUGCAAGAUGUUGCUUUGCAAGAAAUAAUGUGAUAUCCAGCAACAUGUGCAUGACCUCCCUCCGCUUUUUCUUCUUCCUGUCCAAUACAGCAAUACUUUUGUCAUCAAAUGUUUUGUGUAGACUAAUUCUUGCUGCAAACGUUUUCCAUUUUCAAGUCAGCAUAGGUGAUCUUCCAAUGUCUCAUGACUUUGGUAAUUGUGUGCUCAGUUGCCACCACUUAUAAGACCCAGUGACUAAUUUGGAUGUUGUUUCUAUUUUUGAAAAUUUCUGGGUUAACUAAAUUAAAAUUAAUUAUUAAAAAAUAUUAUAAAAUUGUGUAUAAUAUUGUUUUGUUAACCAAUAAAGGGGUAAAAAGUAAUUUUCAUAAAUGUUUUUAAUCUUUAACGUUUCCAUUCAUGUACUUAGAGCCGUUAGAACACAUCGUAUUUGGUUUCAAUGGAAAACUUUAUUUCAAUGAAUUUAGAAAUAUAUUAUAGCUUCCUGUCACUUACAAAAGUCGAAAACUUUAAUCGGAGUGGAGUCUUGGUCAUAACGGUGUGUUUCUGACCUAAUUAUAGUGUCGCCUCAUUUCUCACUCAUUAACCUUGAAUUUUUAAUACUGCAAGGAUUUACAUUGGUUACAAGUGUGGGAAAAUGUACGUGUGAUUUGUUAUCCUUGUAUGAAAUUCGGUAUGACCGAGCAGUGUGUUCUUUGUGUAUACGCAUUUUUUUCAACUUGUAUCACCACUGAGAUUUUUUCAUCCUGGUGCGGUCCACACCCCCACACCCCCCCGCACCCCCCCCCUGAGGGUUAUCUUUGUGAUUUUAUUUCCUUGUUGUAGCUCAAUUAAAAAAAAAAACUUUUUAUUUUUCUAAGAGAGUCAAGUUUUAUUUUUGUUUUGUUGUUGCAAGAUACAAAGUACAACCUAGGACAAAAUAAUACUAAUGAUAACUUGAUCAGGAUUGUAUAUUCUGAUAAACUACUAUAACAACAUUUAAUAAAAACAAUUUAAAAUCGUAUCCGGAAAUUUGAUCGACAGAAAUUUCGUCGACGGUAAAUUCGUCGACGGUAAUAUGAUCGAACGGAAAUUUGGUCGAAUCUUCUUUUCAAUUUUUACGUUACAAUUUUGAAUCAAAUUUCUUUUUGAACGAAUUAUUUUGUUUUACUAAAUAUUAUAGUGCGUUCAAAAAGAAAUUUGACGAAAAUUUUAACGUGCGAACAGAAAAAAAGAUUCGACCAAAUUUCCGUUCGAUCAAAUUACCGUCGACCAAUUUACCGUCGACGAAAUUUCUGUCGAUCAAAUUUCCGGUAACCAUUUAAAAUACAUUUAAUUUCAUUGUUUUUUUGUGUUUGUUUUUUGUUGCUUUCCUAUUUCUAAAAACAGGAAAAAACAAUCCAGAUUUGCUAGAGAUACAAUCAAAACAAGGAACUAUUUUCCAGUUCGAAAAAAAAUAACAAAAGAAACACAAGUUAACGAACUGAAGUUGACAACCAAAACCACAAGAACGAGGCACAAGUGUAAGGAUGAAAUGUUACGUUAUGAAUCGGGUUCAAGUUUUUCACCGACGCAAUACUUUGCGAAAACUGAUCUUUUCAAAUACAUAGUUCAAGUGGGGCGAAAAAGAUGGAACCCAAGUCAAGAUCAAUACGUUGAGACAAGUGGGAAGUGUUGGAAACCACAAGCAGAAACGCCUACGCUGGGCAGUCUACGAGAUAGGAAAACGGAAAUUCCGUCUGAUAUGCGACAUCAGAAAUCAAGGAAACCUCCCGAUAAACGACAUCUGAAAUCAAGGAAACCUCCAGAUAUACGACAUCAGAAAACAAGGAAACCUACAGAUAUACGACAUCCGAAAUCAAGGACACCUCCCGAUAGAGGGCGUAACAAAUUAUGCUUGGUAGUGGAAAGGGCUUUGAAGUAUUGGGAGUGCAGGCGCACUAUCGGAUUGUUUGGUAAACAUGCCAAUAAUUGCACAGAGGUAAACAAGAUGCUUGGGUGGAGCCUCGAUGAGAAGAAUUUUACUGAUGAAGAUGCCGACGCGCAGCCCCACAGAUGCCUACUGUCGGCUGUGUAUGAUCUCUUAAGGUUGGUCAUUUAAAGCAGAUGUGUUCAAAUAAACGAGUGAUUUUUUUGUUGUUGUGGUCUAUUCUGUCCUGUUUACUUUAUAAAUAGCAAUACUAAUUCAAACCUGUACACUAUGAGGAAAUUUAAACUAUUUCUUCCUUAGAAAUUUUCUCGUCCUGAACAGUCUAAAAGUUAAAGUCUACAACUAUUUAAUUGGGAUUCUUGAGAUUUAUCAGACUACGUUAGCUUUGAAUCAAAACUCAAAUAAGUUAACUUUAGUUAACAUAAGGAUGUGAUAAAUUUUAAAUAAAAAUUUCCGGCAUACAUUCUGUGAUAUAAGAUUUUCUUUGUCAUAUAAUUUAUUUAAGAUCGUCAUAAAACGAUCUGCGUAAUGUUUAUGUGAAAGCAAACUAUGUAAGGAACAGUAAUAAAAGUCAAAUCUUAAAGCCAAUUUUUUAGUCAAAAAAUAAAUAGAUUAUUCUAUUUUAGGGCAAUAACACAGAACAGUUUAGAAACAGGAGGCAUGCAGCCAACCAGCCAUGUUCUAUUGACACAAAAAGCUGUUUAUUUGUAAGUAAAUUAAAACGUAAUAGUUUUAAAUAUUGUAAAUCCAGUAGGCUAGGAUUUGUUUACCCAUUGGUGAGAAUAUAAUAAUAUUUAAAAAAAAACAAAAAAAAACACUUCCUGCAGAUGUGUUCCGAAAAAACCAAAAACAUAAAUUAACCACAAACCAAAUAUAAUUGUUUCUUUCGUGAAUAAAAGACAAAGAUUUUAUUAAAUAUAACUGUUUGUUUGUUUGUUUGCAGGACCUUAAACGUGCAUAAAAUGGAGAGACUGACAGUUCAAGGGUCGUCUUGUGUCAACGUUACAAAUACAAACUUUUGCGUUGUUGACUAACAAUUGAAAAAAAAAAAUCAAGAUUAUAAAAACAUUAUAAAUAGUACAUUACUGAAUUGUUUGAAUUUUUUACAGCUCUGUGAAUGUUUUUGACCCAAUGCAGAACUUUAAAAGCUAUGAAUUUAUCAAAUACGCUUCACCUUUGUCUUAAAUAUUCACCAUAUUUGAACAUGUCUCAAUAAAUACUUUGAGUGUUUCUAUUUACUUGUCAAAAAAAAUGCGAUGCCGCAUAUUAAUAAAUGUGUGUUCUGCAUAUUUUAUCAUUCAUAAUUAUGCAUUAAUUAUAUUUUAAAAAAAGUCUUUCUUGCAUUUCUCUUCAUGAUAAAUCAAUUUAUUAUUUCGAAAAGAGAAAUCCAUUAAAAAGAUUCCUAUUUUUUAAAGAAUAUAACAAGAGGUACGAUUUCCCCCAGAAGCUUUCUAUGAACCCAUUUUUCGCGUUUUCGAAAAAUAGAAAUUUAGGAAAUGAGAUCACUUGUUCAACAGGACACAAUUUCAUUGCAACAACGUGUUUGCUAAAUAAGUUUUAUAUCUAAAUGUGUAAAAUUUUUUGUUUUUUCUACACAUCACUUGCUUUUCAUUUCGUUGAAAUUUAUUUACAUUUACAAAUGAUUUGUGUAAAUGCAUAUUUUCUUAAUUGCGUCUUGUAAUUAAAUAAUAAUAAGUUUUUCUUUAAAUUUAAAUGUUUUUUUUUUAAAAUCUUUUAUUGUAUAGCUAUAGUUCUUUUUGUUACUUCUCAUUUCAGUGUAAUGAAUUUUAGUGUUGGUUAUUGUACUUCUUCACUUUUUGUUUUGGCGAUUUUGGCUGAAGUCGUUAUAUAAUGUUUUAUGUUACUCAUGUUGAAUAAGCUUUGGGCAAUUUUUUGCUUAACGUUUUUUAUGUUUACACCUCUGUCUACAUUAUUGUCUCUUAAAAAUACUGUGCAAGCUCAAAAUUAGCACGCUACUUUCUUAUCCCAAUGAUAGGAAGAAUGAUCUAAUUUCAAUACGUAUUUUUUAAAAUAUUCCAUUUGCAUUGUUAUUAUUUAAUUCAAUGCUGCAAAAUAUUAUUAGUUUUAAUACACAUUUUGAUAUAAAUAGUCAGCAUAGCAUAAUAGGCGCUAAAAUUUGGUAGCUGCAGAUGUUUAAGAUUAAUUAAAAUUGUAAUAUUUAAAAUUGCAUUGCAAUGUACGUUAUCCCUUUUGAAUUUUGUUGUGCUUUCAAUUCUGUGUAAAGCCAGAAACACGUCACAGAUUUUAUUCAAAUAUGCUUUCACUUGGUUUGAUUCGUUCAUAAAAGUUUUGUUUGUGAUUGAUAGAAUAUUUACCCUGGACAGGUUUAAAAUUGUGUUGCAUUUUUUAAAACCGUUUAUCAUAUCUUUAAAUUAUAAUGGGGGAAAAAACAAAACAUUAAUUAAAUGAUAUACAAAACAUAACCUGGUUCCUGCAUAUUGAACACUGGGGCCCACGCAUUGGAGGUGGAGUGGGCCACCCUCCUGGGAGGACAUUUACCACAGGGAA